AUGUCUUUCCUCUUCGGCGGUCCUCCCAAGAUGUCCUCGGCAGAGAAGAUUGCUGCCGCAGAGACAGAAGUCGAGAUGGUCUCGGACAUGUUCAACCGUCUGACCGAGUCCUGCACCAAGAAAUGCAUCCCCACCGACUACCGCGAAGGCGACCUGAACAAAGGCGAAUCUGUCUGCCUUGACCGCUGCGUCUCCAAGUUCUUCGAGGUCAACAUCAAGGUCAGCGAGAAGAUGCAGGGCGAGGCGGCCAACAAGCAGGGCGGCGGCUUCGGCAUGUAA